UAUCCUCUGUUACCCGAGGCUAGCUGACGCGUACUGUUUACUCUUCAACUGCUAUUGUACCUUGACGAAGCUGACCCCUUGAGCUGACUAAGUUAGACUAACGUUAACUUAAAAGGCAGCGCCUAUAUAGUUAGUUGCCUCACUUGCCUGUCUUCUGCUAAGUAGUAGUAAGCUUGGCAUCAACACCAAAUUCUGCACUGAGGAGGCGGACUUGCUUGUCUCUAUCAAAUACUUCUUUCUAGUCGGAUUAAGAGGUUUCAGGUAUCCCAAAUGAUGUCCUGAGGUUCAUCAUUAUAUUGAUGAAAAGUGCUUCAGGAAAACCAUGACAGUGCUAAGCAAAACCGUGCCCUUUACAUGUUAUGAACUGGGCCAUUGCUGGGAGCCGGCAUGUUCUAAAGCAGCUUUUGAAAUAUGUAUUAUCAGUUUCAUAGAGAGCUGUAAGAUCUAUGGGGUGGUGUAUCUGCUCACUGGUCUCAUACGAUUAAAGAAGAUGAACUUGGAAAGAGGUAAGAAAUUAUUGAAGGACUACUUGCGAUCUUCAUGUUUCCUUUGCGUGAAUGCAUUUGGCUACAUUGGUAUAUUUUGCAUUUUGAGGCACCUGUUUCGUCACGUUAACUUCUUGUCAGCAUCAUUCCUUCCCGGUUUUCUUAGUGCAUUGUGUGCUGUUCUUGUUGAACGUCCAGAACGCAGGUCUUUGCUUGCAAUAUAUGUCACCAACGUGGCUUCUGAGUCGCUAUGGAAUACAGCAAAGGAAUAUGGGUAUGUGAAGUCCAUUCCACGUGGGGAAAUCCUAGUGUUUGUUGGAGCUAUGACCAUAUUAGGAUAUUAUUUUCGGACAGAGAAACCCUUGAGUAGAAUUAUUCACUCAAUUCUUCAGUUUAUCCUUGGUCAUGGGGAGUCUGGUUAUAUGGUCCAUUCACGCCAGGCCAGGGUAGCGUCAUUAUCUGGAACCACUUGUACAAAACAGUUAUCGUGGAGAGAGAAGUUGAUAGCUCUAACUAGGAGUAAACAUACUGCUUGCCCUCAUAAAAAGGGAUGUCUUCUUCACUUUGCUCAGAAUGCCUUUAAUGGAUUUGCGAAUGGGUUUUUACUGCAAUUAACUGUACAGGUGUUGCCAUCAAUUCCUCGAUUAAUCAGAACACCAUCAACACUAUUGAGAAUACUUAGGAGUAGCAAAAAUAUAGAGGCUGGAUUGUUUUUUGCUUGGUUCACCUGUGUUUUCAAGGGCAUGUGCUGUGCAGGUCGCUGGUGGGAUGGAACAGAAUACCCAUACCAUGGGGCGCUGGCAGGUGCUGUAUCUGCUUUGGGAAUGUAUUUUUAUUCUGCGCCCUCCUUAGCUUCUUACUUGUUGUGGAAAACUUUUGAGGGUUUGUAUGAGAAUGGCUGUAAUGCAGGAUAUCUUCCACGCAUUCCCGGCUCUGUUGAAUUCUUAUAUUGUUUAAGUACAGGCUACCUCUUCCAUACUUGUGUAAUUGACUGCAGAAACCUAAAACCAUCUUAUCAGCGCUUCCUUGAUCGGUUAACUUGGCAUAGAAUGUUCCAGUAUAACCGUCAUCUUCUCGACUCGUUCGGAUUUGAAAGUAGCAAAGGAUUUGAGUAUUACUGGCCAAAGUAUGAUGUGACAAAAAUUAGUGAUGCUGUGAAACACAUGGGUCCAGUGUGUAAAUAGGAAUAUAGCUGGAGGUUAAGGUAGUAGGGAAAUGUGUGAUUUAUUUUAUUACCUAUGGUGCUACAUUACGGUAUGCUAAUUUUAUAAAUUAUUAAGUAAGAAUGUUAUAUUUCAACUAAAGUCUAUUUUUGUCACUAUUUUAGAUGUAGUAUAGGAUAUAGAGGGCCUCAGAACCAGAGAGUCGUAUAUGCCACUUUUUAAAAAAUUAGUAAAUUGGCCUCAAAGUUUAUCAUUUAUUACUCUGGUUCUAAGAAAGAUAUCGAUUUAAACUUAGUUUCAUAUGAAAGCUAUACUCUUUAUAAGUUUUUUGUGAAAAUUUGAAAAAAAUUGUUGGGUGCGCUUGCGCGCUAGCAUUCAAAAUGUCUGCCAAACUCCCAUUUUUUUUUAAUAUUUGAGUCAUAACAAGCACUUAAACCAUAAUUGAAUGUGUUAAACGAUAAUAAAGUGUUAUCAUAUUGUUGUAAUAAUGAUGUUGAUAUUAAUAAGAGUAAUAGUAAUAAUAC